AAGCAGACAUGCAACAGCAUUUUUAGAAUUCAGAAGAAGGCGCUUCUUAAUUAGAUUUAAUUUUACAUUUGGAAGAGAGGAUUAGAAUUUAGAACUGGAAAGUUUUUGAGAAGAACAGGGAAACAUUUUUCUCUCCUCCAGAAAACAAUCAGAAAUCGGAAAAAUCAGGAAUUGAGUUGUUCUUGUACAUUCCAUGGCUGCUGCUACGUUGAAUUUGUUAAAUCUGCAAGCAGGUCUGAGUUUGGGGAAGCAAACCCAGGUUGGAUUCCCUUUAUCAUGUAUCUCACCAUUACCAAAAUUAACCAAGUUCAGAAUUCCAUUAUCAAAAUUCAAGCUUUACAGCGCCUCGCCUUCUUCUAUCUCCGCAACAACAACAGUUGAACAAGAACAAGAACAAAAACAAGAACAAGAAAAUGAAGAAGAAGAUGAGGAUGGGAAAUUCGAUUGGUAUUCAGAGUGGUAUGCAGUAGCCCCUGUACGUGACUUAGAUAAGAGGGUCCCACAUGGGAAGAGAGUCAUAGGUAUAGAUUUGGUGGUUUGGUGGGACCCAAAUGAGAAGAGUUGGAAGGCGUUUGAUGAUCGUUGUCCACAUAGGUUGGCACCUUUGUCUGAAGGUAGGAUUGAUCAAUGGGGAAGAUUGCAGUGUGUGUAUCAUGGUUGGUGUUUCAAUGGUUCUGGUCAAUGUAAGCUUAUUCCCCAAGCUCCUACUGAUGGUCCUCCGGUUCACACAUCCAAGAAAGCAUGUGUAGCUUCAUACCCUUGCACAGUCCAAAAUGACAUUCUCUGGUUUUGGCCAAAUAGUGAUCCUCAGUACCAAGACAUUCUUACCAAGAAACAACCUCCUUAUAUUGCAGAAAUUGAUGACCCUUCAUAUGCCAAGUCCAUGGGAACUAGGGAUAUUAACUAUGGAUAUGAAGUUCUGGUUGAAAACCUUAUGGAUCCGGCUCAUGUUCCUUACGCACAUUACGGAAUAAUGAGAAUUCCAACUGAUAAAAACAGACCCAAAGCAGAUAGAGAAGGCGGGAGACAUUUGGAGAUCAAUGUCCAAACACUAGACAAAUGUGGUUUCACUGCUCAGCAAGAAAGGGGCAUCAGCAAGUUUUAUCCGCCGUGUGUUUUUUAUGUUGUUCCAAAGUCUACGAUGAAUCAAGACCAACCUGAAAAGGAAUCCGAAGGCAAAGAAAGAAGAUUUCUCUUGAUUUUUUUCUGCAUUCCUGUCAGUCCUGGAAAAAGUCGACUAAUAUGGAGCUUUCCUCGAAAUUUUGCCGUCUGGGUAGAUCGGAUUGUGCCUAGAUGGAUAUUUCAUAUAGAUCAAAAUCUGAUCCUGGAUUCCGACUUGUAUCUUUUACACUUGGAGGAGCACAAGAUAAUGGAAACUGGACUGACUAAUUGGCAGAAAGCCUGCUUUGUUCCUACCAAAUCAGAUGCUCUUGUAAUUGCCUUUAGAAAAUGGCUGAAGAAAUACUCUGGAGGUCAAGUUGAUUGGAGGAUGAAAUUCGAUGGAUCACUGCCUCCAACACCUCCUCGUGAACAGCUAAUGGAUAGGUACUGGAGUCACGUAGUGAACUGCAGCAGCUGUAGUGCUGCGUAUAAGGGGCUCAACAUCGCUGAACCUGUGCUUCAAAUCGUAUCUGUUAUUCUACUUGGGGUUGCUGCAGUAACCAAGCAGGGAGCACUGACUACUUUUCAAAGAAGUGCUUUGUUCAUGUCGGCAUUGAUAUGUUUUGCGGUAUCAAAAUGGUUGUCUCGUUUCAUAUACAAGAAUUUCCAUUAUCACGAUUAUAACCAUGCUCUUAAAUGAGCAGUCCUCAGUUCAUAUGAGCUACUAUAUACCCUUGGAUAAUGUCAAUCUGUAUACACAACCCUUGGUGUAAAGUUUGACUGAAAAGAAGUGAUCAGACAAGUACAAGCUCCACUGAAUACACGACACUUAACUUGCAUAAUAUAUACUUGUAUAGUUAGUUGUGUGCAAUUUUGACUGAAAUAUUUUUCUGUGAAACUAAACGUGAAUUUUGUUAAUUAAGCUGAAUAAAAUGCAUUCUGACGUUGUGCAGCGAACU